AUAACUAAUAAAAAAAGCUCAGAAGAAAUAAUACAUUGCUAAAAGAAACUGUACAAAAGUACAUGAUUAAUCACAUUUGUGGUUUGUGUAAUAUCAAAUGCUGAAUACUUUAAAACAAUUGUACAAAAGCGAUAACCCAAAAUAAUUUCUUUUUCAGUAGAAAAAUCAGGUUUCAAAAAACACAAAUAUAAAUACAGUCUUAUUAAAUUUAGCAAAACUACAUUCAAAGCAACCUGAUUCCUACUAUUUUCAACAGUUUUUCUAAAUUAUAUUCUAAAAUUGUUGUUUACUGUAUCAUUGCUUGCAAAGUCAUCUGACUGAAGAAGCUGCAAUGGCGGGGAUGAUGUUCCAGAUGCUAGUUGUCAACCGGAUCAAAGGUCUGCUACCCAAAGACAAGGACAAGGACAAAGAAAAGGACGGAGAAGAGGGGCAGGGGGAGGGGGAGGAAGACGGGGCUGAUGAAGGAGAGCUGAAUCAGGCACUGGCAAUGCAGGAGUAUGAGAGGAAGAAGAAACACAUGUAUGCUGAGGUGGAGAGAGAAAAGAAGAGGAAGCACACCAGGGAAAAGUUUCGUCUGAAGGAGAAACCCAGUGUGAUGACGUCACUGAUGCAGGCGGAGAUGCAUGCCCCUCCCCCGGGCACGAACAAAAACAAGCGGAAGAGCAAGCCAUUCUACCAACAGAUACUCUCAAAGACACUAUUCUGCUGCUAGAGAAAACAGCAAAGUUAUCAGUUGUUGCUAUGAUAUAAAUCUAUUUUAGGUAGUUACAAUUGUUCCUAAAAUGUGUGAUUUUUAAAGGAAUAUCGUGGACCA